AUGGCAAAUAGGAGCUGUCACUACAAAUUAGUGAUCCUUGGGGAAUCAGCUGUAGGCAAAUCUAGCAUUGUCCUAAGACUGGUGAAAUGUCAGUUUAGUGAGUAUCAAGAAGCCACAAUUGGAGCUGCUUAUAUCACUCAGACAAUCGUCCUGGAGGACCCCCCAACAACAGUCAAAUUCGAAAUCUGGGAUACUGCAGGUCAAGAACGGUAUCACAGCUUAGCCCCUAUGUAUUAUAGAGGCGCUCAAGCAGCCGUCGUUGUUUACGACAUAACAAAUCCAAGCUCAUUUGAGCGUGCAAAAUCUUGGGUACAUGAACUGAAUGAAAAAGCAAACACUGCCAAAGUGAUUGCGCUUGCUGGGAACAAAGUGGAUCUUGAAGAGCAAAGAGCUGUUCCAUUUGAAGAAGCACAAGAAUAUGCCAAUCGAAAUGGUCUACUGUUUAUGGAAACAUCUGCCAAAAUGGCCACCAAUGUAACAGAACUUUUUACCGCCAUAGCCCAACGGUUACCUCACGAUACUGAACCAUCUAGACCGGCUGGCGGACAGCAAUUAACUCAAGGCAAUUCGCCUUCUCAGCCUAAGCAGUGCUGUAGGUAAUCGUGAUUUAUUCAUUUGGGUGUUUUGAUAAAUUAUGUGGAUCCCAUGUUCUCCCAGUCCUCCGGUCUAACGUCAUUUUGCGUUCGUUCAGGCUGUUUUUGAUUAAUAACUAUGCUUUGUGGUCAUAUUGGUCGCAAUGGUUUUACUUUUAAAUCUACCUAUACAGUUUGUUGUAAUCUUCACUGAAGAAAAAGUGGUCUAAAUUAUUUCAAGAUUGUCAACUUGAAUUUCCACUUUGUCACUAUUAUUAGCCCCCUAAUAUUAUACACACUUUUAUUUGCAUCUGAUUUACAUAAUUGAAUUAUAAAAUUCGUCAUUCAUAUUACUGUUUAUCGAUUCAUUGAAGUUGUUUGUGUAACUUUUUAUUAUUGUUCCUUACUUCAUCAAUGGAAUGUUUGUAACAUUCGUUCCGUUUAUUGGCUUGUAGGACAUCAUUUAUUCUGUUAUUGUUUUUCUUUCAAAAGUACUUGAUCACUGAAUUAUUUUUUCUUGAUUCUAUUCUCUCACGCUCUGCGUGUACUCACAAAUUUCUGCUGUGCUGGAGCGUUCCUUCGCGAGUUAUGGUUUUAUUGAACAUUGAUUUUUUUUUACGCGUAGACCAAAUACAAAUGUAGAAAUGUGUAUUACUUCGAAGGAAAACAGUCAAUUGCUAUCUUACUCUCACCUACCGCGCCCUACUUGACCACUGGACAUAAUUUCUACCUUGUGGGCAGAAUGUGUUUUGAGAUCUAUUUUGACCAUGUGAUUUCAUGAUUUGUUUUUUUUUUCUAUUUUUUCUCUGCGCAGUCUUCUGUACUAUAAUAUCGUGUUACCCAUUUAUUGAAUAUUUCUUCUGGUUUCAAUCAGUUUCAGAAUGGUCAGUUAUGGGUGCGUAGAUUGUGUGUCACCUACUUAGCCAAAAUGUAUUUCCAGCAUUUUUCGUGCGUUGUUUAAAGUGUUGGUUCACUUCUUACCUUAUCAGUAUCUGCUACUUUGACGUAGUGGUUGCAUUUACAUAUAGCAGUGACUCGGCGAGAUAUGCUGACUGCAGUGGAUGUUCCUGCGGGCUCUACCUUG